UCUCCGGGUUUAGGAAGCGAGGCCCGCGUGCGAGCUCGGGAACGGGCGGCUGGGCAGACAGACCUCUGGCUCAGGUCAGGAACCUCCCGCACCCGAUGCCCAAAGGGGCAUCGCUUGCGGACGGCGGAGAGCCUGAAGGACCCCGCCCAUCUGGCUGAACAGCGCCAGCCCGGGCCGCCGGGGCUCCCGCCCUGCCAGGUGCGGGCCUGAGCGCCGACGAGGACCGCGGGCCUCUUGGUCAGAGUAGACGCUCAGGCCCCUGCUCUUGGAGAGGUUUCAGAGGUUUGACUAUGUGUACCUGAACGCUGGCAUCAUGCCCAACCCACACCUAAACCUCAGAGCGCUCUUCUCCAGCCUGUUUUCAAGAAAAAUGAUUCGUGUGUUCUCCACAGCUGAAGGACUGCUGACCCAGGACGAUAGGGUCACUGCCGACGGGCUCCAGGAGGUCUUUGCAACCAAUGUCUUUGGCCACUUUGUCCUGAUUCGGGAGCUGGAACCUCUCCUCUGUCCCAGUGACAGCCCCUCUCGGCUCAUCUGGACGUCCUCCCGCAGUGCCAGGAGGUCCAACUUCAGCCUGGAGGACUUCCAGCACAGCAGAGGCCGGGAGCCCUACAGCUCCUCCAAGUACGCCCUGGACCUUCUGAGUGUGGCCUUGAACCGAAACUUCAACCAGCGGGGCCUGUUCUCUAGUGUGGUGUGCCCGGGGACCAUGCUGACCAACCUGACCUACGGAAUCGUGCCCUCCUUUGUGUGGACCCUGAUGAUGCCAAUCAUAUGGCUGCUUCGCUUCUUUACAAACUCGUUCACCUUGAAGCCGUACAACGGAGCCGAGGCCCUGGUGUGGCUCUUCCACCAGAAGCCUGAGUCUCUUAACUCUCUGACCAAGUAUCUGAGCGCCACCACAGGCUUCGGGAGCAACUAUGUGACGACCGAGAAGAUGGACCUCGACGAAGACACUGCUGAAAAAUUUUACCGAAAACUACUGGCCCUGGAAAAGCACCUUAGGGUCACCAUCCUGAGUGCAGAUUAGCACAGCUGACAGUGACCGUGAACCCCUCUGCCCUCUGUGGCUCGUGGGCUCCUGGUGGGUGGGAUGGCGCUGUUUGCAGUGAACUGAACUCUCACUGUCUUUCUCCCUCCGUCCAGUGUUCUCUCGAAGGCUGUGCGUGCUUGUGGAAAAGGUUCAUAAAGUAAAACAUCACUUAGCUAUUCUCUGGAGUGGUGUCCCCCAUCGAGCUCUGCUAGCAUAACCCAGUGGUCACCUCUGUCCAUGGGUUUACAUUCUGCCAACUGGAGCCCAAGCCACGCUCUGGGACGAGGCAUGGCCUCGAGUAGCCGAGAUGCGGGCACACUGGUCCUCCUGUUGGCCUGUCGUGGCAGGACACACAGCCACUCUGAGUGACAGUCUCAGCUGUGCCCCUUUCCUGUGAGCAUUGCCUUAGGUCUUCCACCUUAAUUCUUCCACCCCUCCUAACAGUCCUGAGAUUCAGUCCUGACCACCCCAUCCAGGUGCCUUGUAGUUUCUCAGGAACCACUGAAUGUGUGCUUGGCUGCCUCUCUUAUUUCUCCCUUAUUUUAAAAGCGUCUUGCUGACAUUGAGGUUAGUCCAUGUGACCGUGGGCCUGGCUCUAACUCCAUCUGAAAGUGUGUUCACUGCUGACACCUGCUUCCACACUCACAUUUUAAUGCAUGUAAAUGGGCAGGAAAUGUUUUACAUUGUUUCAAUGAAAUUUUCCAGCUGAGCUAUUGGGCAGGGUGGAGCUAUUUGACACGAAGACAAAAAUGCUAAAAUGCUUAGAUGUUUUUACCCUAAAUGUCACCAUACCUGGGAUACAGUGAAGUGAGUGAAGUUUCGGGUUAGUAAAAGUGAAAAAUUAUAUAUCAAUGUAAUUGUUACACACUUUGAAGUAUGAAUAUUUUGUUAUAAUUUCUCUC